GGCCGUGCGGUCCAUAAUUGACGGCGCCAUCGACGGCGGCGAAUCCCUGCAACUGUCAACGACAAGAGAUAAAUCGCCAAAUGCGCGGGCGGGAUACCGGCCGCCGCCGCCGCCGCUACGAUAUCCGACGUGGAGGAAGGGGGCGAAGCCGCCGUCAAGCAAGGCGUUAGUUAACGUCCACUCUUAACGGUAUGACAUCCGCAGGUUAGCUUCAAUAAAAGGCGUUCCCCCCGCCGGGUUUCUUCGCAGCUCCUCUCUCCUCUGUUUCGCUGCUUCUUUGCUCUCUGGCAAUGGCGAAAAGUUUGAGAUCGUUCCUUUCUCUGGUGUUUCUCCUUGGAAUCUUUGUUGUUUCGGAUGGAAGUUUUAGGAACAAGGCUUCCAAUUCGAGGAGUAGCGGAGAUCUAAGCAGGAGUUUGAGGACGGCGCAGACGAUGAACUCGACGAGCGCUUCCGCUGCAGUCGAUGACCCGGAGGAGGUCGCCGCCACCGUCUGCAUGAGCAUAAGGAACAGCACGAAUCGGAGAUCUCUGGGUUAUCUGUCGACAUGCGGAACCGGGAACCCCAUCGACGAUUGCUGGCGCUGCGAUCACAACUGGCAUCUCGACCGCAAGCGCCUAGCCGACUGCGGCAUUGGCUUCGGCCGCAACGCCGCCGGAGGCCGGGCCGGCGACUACUACGUCGUGACGGACCCGCGCGACGAAGACCCAGUGAACCCGCGCCCGGGCACGCUCCGCCACGCCGCCAUUCAGGACGCGCCGCUGUGGAUAACGUUCCAGCGCGACAUGGUCAUCGUGCUCAAGCAGGAGCUCAUCGUGAACAGCUUCAAGACCAUCGACGGCCGCGGCGCCGACGUGCACAUCUCCGGCGGAGCCUGCGUCACCGUCCAGUACGUCACCAACGUCAUCAUCCACGGCAUCCACAUCCACGACUGCAGGCCCACCGGCAACGCUAUGGUCCGCAGCUCCCCGUCGCACUACGGGUGGCGCACCAUGGCCGACGGUGACGGCAUCUCCAUCUUCGGCUCGAGCCACGUCUGGGUCGACCAUUGCUCCCUCUCCCACUGCGCCGACGGGCUCGUCGACGCCGUCAUGGGCUCCACGGCCAUCACCAUCUCCAACAACUACUUCACCCACCACAACGAGGUCAUGCUCUUGGGGCACAGUGAUUCCUACGACGGGGACAAAGCCAUGCAAGUGACGAUCGCGUUUAACCAUUUCGGGGAGGGACUGAUACAGAGGAUGCCGAGGUGCAGGCAUGGCUACUUCCACGUGGUGAACAACGACUACACUCACUGGGAGAUGUAUGCCAUCGGCGGAAGCGCUAACCCGACGAUCAACAGCCAGGGAAAUCGGUACCUGGCUCCGGCGAAUCCGUUCGCGAAGGAGGUGACGAAGAGGGUGGACACGGAUGCCAGUGAAUGGAGGAGGUGGAAUUGGAGGUCGGCGGGGGACUUGCUGUUGAAUGGCGCUUACUUCACGGCGUCGGGGGCAGGGGCGUCGGCUAGCUACGCCAGGGCUUCCAGUCUCGGGGCCAAGCCGUCGGCUAUGGUGGCCUCGUUGACUUCCGGCGCCGGAGCGCUUUCUUGCAGAAAGGGUAGACUCUGUUAGUUGAAGCUGGCGGAGGAAUCAUCAAUCAUAAUUAUAUGCGGAAGCGUUGCUUGACUUGUACAAUUUAUUGUUGAAUUUAGCUCCCUCACUACAGAUAUUGUGUACUUUUUUAGUUCGUGUGAAUGUGUAAGAAAGUGUACUAUUAGUGCCCGAGGAAUGAAGGAAGGGCAAAUAAAUUACACAGUGGAUGGUCGCAGGC